CUGCUGUUUGUAUUGUUUACUUCCGGGGCGUACGGUCGUCGUCGGCUUGUGGUGAUGGUCAUGUUUUCAGGAUUGUGAUAUAUUUUUGAGUGCAACCGAACAAUAAUCCUCAAAAAAGUAGUUUAUUCAGCUGUGGUGCUUUAUCCGUGUUCAUAUCACCACAAUGGCCGAGGAUGUCCAGAAGCACUCAGUCCACACUUUGGUCUUCAGGUCUCUUAAAAGGACGCAUGAUAUGUUUGUGUCCGACCAUGCGAAAUCCGUCGCACAGGAUGAGGAAAGCCACAAGUUGAAGAUGAGUGUGAAAAUGACAGCGGAUUAUAAUGCAGUUUUACACAUGCCUGUCCUGAAGGAAGGGAAAGACCGAAUGGCUCUUCCUAGCAGUAUGCUAGGCCACCAGAGCUACACACAGCCAGGGGAUGACCCAGACUACCUGAUCACCGGGACACAUGCUUAUCCCUCUGGACCUGGAGUAGCUUUGACUGCUGACACUACGAUGCACAGGAAUCCAAGUGAGGGAGGAAUCCACUCCAUGGCGCUGGCUUUGCCACCCUCACAAGCCAGGCUGGAUGUAAGCCGCACUGCUGCCAGUGUCGGUGACAUCCAUCGACAUGCAGGAGGAGCGGAGAGAUCUCACCCUCCAUCGACUGCUGUGUCACUCUUGGAGGGAGGCGGCACCAGAAAUUCUACACUCGCCAGGAAAGCGCCAACCAUGCCUAAACCCCAGUGGCAUCCACCAUGGAAACUGUUCCGGGUCAUCAGUGGUCACCUCGGCUGGGUGAGGUCCAUCGCCGUGGAGCCAGGGAAUCAGUGGUUUGUCACCGGGUCUGCUGAUAGAACCAUAAAGAUCUGGGACCUGGCCAGUGGGAAACUGAAACUCUCCCUGACUGGACACAUCAGUACAGUGCGUGGGGUGGCGGUCAGCAACCGAAGCCCCUACCUGUUCUCCUGUGGAGAGGACAAGCAAGUCAAGUGUUGGGAUCUGGAGUACAACAAGGUCAUCAGACACUACCACGGACACCUCAGUGCCGUGUAUGAUAUAGACCUACAUCCGACUAUUGACGUGCUGGUGACAUGCAGCAGAGAUGCCACAGCAAGGGUGUGGGACAUCAGGACAAAAGCUAACGUACACACACUAACUGGCCACACCAACACUGUGGCCACAGUGAGAUGCCAGGCGGCAGAACCACAAGUCAUCACUGGCAGCCACGAUUCAACCAUCAGGCUGUGGGAUCUGAUUGCUGGAAAAACCAGAGCAACUCUGACCAACCACAAGAAGUCUGUCCGAACGUUGGCGCUGCACCCCAGACAAUACACGUUUGCCUCUGGUUCUGCUGAUAACAUCAAGCAGUGGAUGUUCCCAGAUGGCAACUUCAUCCAGAACCUGUCGGGCCACAAUGCCAUCAUCAACACUCUUGCCGUUAACUCUGAUGGCGUGUUGGUGUCUGGAGCCGACAAUGGAACCAUCCACUUGUGGGACUGGAGGACAGGCUACAACUUCCAGCGGAUUCAUGCAGCUGUGCAGCCUGGAUCUCUGGACAGCGAGUCGGGAAUCUUUGCCUGCAUGUUCGACAACUCAGAAAGCCGACUGAUCACCGCCGAGGCUGACAAGACCAUUAAAGUAUACAAAGAGGACGACACGGCUACAGAAGAAACCCAUCCAGUCAACUGGAAACCAGAAAUCCUCAAGAGAAAAAGAUUCUAAUGCUUCUUUUUUUUAUUUGUUCAUCUUGUCACAGUAACAAUGUUUUAUUUUUAUUUCUACCAAACCUCCUAUUGUAGAUACACCCAUCAAGUUUUGCUUGCUACUGCUUUUUUUUUAUUAUUUUUUUUUUUAUUAGAACUAAUGUGUCUUUGACAGAAGCAACCACAUUCUGAAAUGCAGUUAAAUUGUCUCGUUUUAUUCUAAAAACCAUUUGCAGUCUUCAUUGUACGACAUUAGUCCAAUGAAGUGGCCAUUUUGGACUGCCAGGAACCUCCCCGAGUGUUUGUUCUUGAUGACGACGGCUCUCUGAUAGCUCUGGUCCGUCUGAUCCACCAACAGCAGCCACUCUUCAGACACAGACGGACUGGCCGCAGAGAGGACCUGCUCACUGCUGGGGUCAAACCCUGCAGAAGGACAGACACGGUGUGUUGAAAAAUUGUUUGGAGAGAAAAAGAACAAAAAAGUAUUGUCCCGAAAUUGCCAGUUGUACAGACGUGGAAACAACGGUGCCCUUUUUUCUGGUUUGCAAUGUGAACUUUAUUUUGCUCAGUUUAAUAAAAAAAGUAAAUUUUUCACAUA